CCAAGGACCCCACAAAGGUCUAGCCCGCGAUCAGGAUGACUCGUACGAGGCAGGUCUGAUUCUGGACCGAAUCAAACGUAGACUAUCCCCCCUCGCAUUUCAGUUAGUACAAUCGGAAUGCUGGCGAACACAUUCAUUUUGAAGUAUUGUGUUGAACUGAAAAUGUACUCAUUGUCUAUCAUUAUAAUAUAUGAGAUUAACAUUAUUUGCCUUGUAUUCUAUAUAUGUUUUAUCUACAAAAUAUUGUCUGCGAUCAGUGUAUCUUCUUGUUUAGUUUGUUGAUUGAAGUAAUUAGUUGCCCCUCUUACAUUCCGCUAAUGGAUUCGUCCGUCGUGAGGCCUUUACAGUAGUAGGGAGUGUUGUUUGGCGGAUUCCUUCAAGUUUUACAUUACUUUAUGUCUGAAUUUUGUAAAAUUAAGAAAGCGCCAAUUGUUCGUUUCCAUAACUAGUCAGCUAGCUAAUUAUUUUAUCUAUCGAUAUAGGUACAGAAGAGGGUUUAGGGUGUGGUACACAGCUAAGUUAGCCGCAGUAGGAAGGCAUCUUCAGCGAGCGGAGUGUCCGAAUCUGAGAGUUUAUAAUGCCGACGUUGCGGGACAGCAGCAUGUCUCACCCCGGCGAGAACCCGUACCAAGUCCGGGUAAAAGCUUACUACAAAGGGGACAUCAUGAUCACCCACUUUGAGCCGUCCAUCUCCUACGAGGAGCUGUACGGGGAGGUCAAAGACAUGUGCUGCAUGGACAACGACCAGCUCUUCACCAUGAAGUGGAUCGACGAAGAAGGUGACCCGUGUACAGUAUCGUCUCAGCUGGAGCUGGUGGAAGCCCUGAGGCUCUACGAAGUAAACAAAGACUCUGAACUCAUCAUCCAUGUGUUUCCAUGUAUCCCAGAGAAGCCUGGCAUGCCCUGUCCAGGAGAGGACAAGUCUAUAUAUCGUCGUGGGGCGCGGCGCUGGAGGAAACUCUACUACGCUAGUGGUCAUGUCUUCCAGCCCAAACGGUUCAACAGGAGAGCUCACUGUGCCAUCUGCACAGACCGUAUCUGGGGUCUGGGGAGACAGGGCUACAAAUGCAUCAACUGCAAACUGCUGGUCCACAAGAAGUGUCACAAACUGGUCAGCGUGGAGUGUGGUAAACAGAUCCAGGAGCCCAUCGUGGGGCCUGAUAGGGGGGCCUCCAUCACGCCAUUAGACCACUCUGAACAGCCAGGUCCUCAGAACAAAUACUCCAGUGAGAGUCUGAACUCCGAUGGAGAAGAGAAAGAGGCGCGCUGCAGCAGAGACACAGGGAAAUCAGCUUCCAGUCUGGGUCUGGUGGACUUUGAUCUGCUGAGCGUGAUUGGCCGGGGCAGCUAUGCCAAGGUCCUGCUGGUCCGACUCAAGAAGACAGAGAGGAUUUACGCCAUGAAGGUGGUUAAGAAGGAGCUGGUCAACGACGACGAGGACAUUGACUGGGUCCAGACAGAGAAGCACGUGUUUGAGCAGGCGUCCAACCACCCCUUCCUAGUGGGGCUUCACUCCUGUUUCCAGACUGAGAGCAGACUGUUCUUUAUCAUAGAGUAUGUGAACGGAGGAGAUCUGAUGUUCCACAUGCAGAGACAGAGGAAAAUACCUGAGGAACACGCCAGGUUUUACUCAGCAGAGAUCAGCUUGGCGUUGAACUACCUCCAUGAGAGAGGCAUCAUCUACAGAGACCUCAAACUGGACAACGUGCUGCUGGAGUCUGAGGGACACAUCAAACUCACUGACUACGGCAUGUGCAAGGAGGGCUUGAGGCCAGGGGACACCACCAGUACGUUCUGUGGGACCCCCAACUACAUUGCCCCUGAGAUACUGAGAGGAGAGGACUAUGGUUUCAGCGUGGACUGGUGGGCUCUGGGGGUGCUGAUGUUUGAGAUGAUGGCUGGACGGUCGCCCUUCGACAUUGUAGGAAGCACCGACAACCCAGACCAGAACACAGAAGACUACCUAUUCCAAGUAAUAUUGGAAAAACAGAUCAGGAUUCCUCGAUCGUUGUCAGUCAAAGCUGCCAGCGUCCUCAAGGGCUUCCUCAACAAGGAACCUAAGGAGCGGCUAGGAUGUCACCCCCAGACGGGCUUCGCUGACAUCAUGGGUCACCCCUUCUUCCGAAACGUAGACUGGGACCUUAUGGAACAAAAGCAGGUGGCUCCUCCAUUCAAACCCAACAUCUCAGGAGAGUUUGGACUGGACAGCUUCGACACCCAGUUUACCAACGAGCCCAUCCAGCUCACGCCUGAUGACGAGGACGCGGUGAAGAAGAUCGACCAGUCGGAGUUUGAAGGGUUCGAGUACAUCAACCCUCUCCUGAUGUCGGCCGAGGAGUGUGUGUGAACUAGGUGUGUGUGUGUGUGGGAGCGGACGCAGCACGCCACCUCGUGUCCUCGACGACGUCACUAGUUAGCUCUGCAUGGUUACCAGACAACACGGCGAUGACAUCAUCAAAGAGCGUCCUGCUGUUGGAUAGAGGCGGAGAGCCGCCGGGGCUCUCAGACAAGAGACACUAACUUGCCAAACCAAUCUCACAUAGUGUGUAUGUGUCACAAAUGGCACCUUAUACUCUACGUGUAGUGCACUAGGGAAUGGGGUGCCAUUUUGGAUGAACGUCACUGUCCUCUUUUUUUUUAACCACUAGUCUUCUAAACCUACGUUCUCUCUUAAUUAUUUUUGUAUCAUGUAUCAAAUCCGCACUGAUUUCCUCAUUGGUCAUCAGAGUGCAGGCUCUCAGUAGCCAAUGAGGCUUGGAGGUGGUUGGUUACCUAGGUUACUGGACACAAAGGGGGGGGACGGGGACGACACAGACGUCCACAGAGAACAAACUAACCCUCCUCUCUUCUUCCCAGCUUGGUGGUUAAUGCAUACUUUAUUUGUAAAUAAUAAGAAUGAUGUUUAGCCAAGGCCUUUUAACCCCAAGCCAGAUCACCAGGGAACAAUAGUUGAAAACUGUUUCAUGUUCACUACAUGUAUCAUGAUGAGCGUUGCAGCACCAUGUUUGUAGAGGACAGAAGAAGAAGAACAAGAGGACAACAGCAUAAAAAAUAAAAUAAAAACACAUCUAUAUAUUUUUCUCAGUCUGUACGCUGGUCAAUGUCCCAAAGUGUUACGCCGUCGUCAAGCCUGUUUUACCGUCAUAACCACAGGUUGGCUCACUAUUGUUUACGUUUACAGUAGUCUUCGUGGCAAAUUCCAGGACAGAGACGGUUCCAGGUUAAAGCGAUUGCCAUCUCAGCAGCCAACCAACACUAACUAACGUAGUUACUGACAAAAGGCAAAUCUCAAAUGGUAUCCUAUACUAUAUAAAGUGCGCAACAAAAGUACUCUACAAUAACACUGCAAGGUUAAGAGUUGGGUGGUUGUUAUGGAUACACACACACUGUGAAUGGAAGAGUUUACUGAGAGGAUUUGGAUACGAGUGGGCUGGACCACUAGCUGAGUUUGGGAAUGCAUCCCAAAUGGCACACUAUGCCCCAUCUAGUGCACUACUUUUGGUCAUAGCCCUAUGGGCCCUGGUCAAAACUAGUGCACCAUUUUUAUUUUUUACCUUUAUUUAACUUGGCAAGUCAGUUAAGAACAAAUUCUUAUUUACAAUGACGGCCUAGGAACAGUGGGUUAACUGCCUUGUUCAGGGGCAGAACGACAGAUUUUUACCUUGUCAGCUCAGGGAUUCGAUCUUGCAACCUUUCGGUUACUAGUCCAACGCUCUCACUAGUUAGCUCUGCAUGGUUACUAGACAACCCGGCGAUGACAUCAUCAAAGAGCGUCAUGCUGUCGGAUAGAGAGAUGUGUGUCCUAAUAUUAGCCAGAAAAAUUAUAUGAAUAUUCUUUUUCCCUCUGCUCAUUUUUAAAAUAGAAUGCCUUUCUGAAACUCUUGGUAUAUAUCUGUUUUCACAAUAUAUAUAUAAAUAAAAAAUAAAGUUUCUACAGUUUUCUCUAGUCCAUGUCUGUGAAUCAGUUUGAAUAUGAAUGAUAAGGAUGGAGUCAGACCGUCGAUCUCCUGGACCACUUCUGACACUACAGAUGAAGCUCUUGAAAGAGAUUUUCAUCAAUUCUAAUAAGAAACACUACCAAAGCAUUUAACAGCUUCAAUUUAUAUUCCAAGUUCUGAAUAGAGAGGUUAAAAAAAAUCAUUUGUUCAGUCUCAAAUGGCACCCUAUGCCCUAUAUAGCACACUUUAGAUCAGAGCUAUAUGGGCCCUGGUGGAAAAAACAACUGCACUAAAUGGAGAAUAGGGUGCCAUUUAGGGUGACAAUUGUGUUGCUGCCAAAGUGUUUUAAAGUGGUGCCAAGUGGUGAUUGGAGGAACAAACACUCUUCAGAAUUUUUGUCAUGUUACUUUAUAUUGCAAUGUAUUUUUUUGUAACUUUUUUUUUAAUUAAAUCAAAUGUGCUGUUACUCUAAUGAUUGAUCGCUACAUUGAUUGGUGAUAUUGUUAUUGUGUGAAACCUGUUUGAAAACACUUUGAUGAGGAUGAUGUGUGAUUUCAUCCAGAGAAGCCUACUGAAUGCUUAACAGGAUGUAAAUACAGAUUUCACAAAAUAAACAUUUUAUUUCA